GUACACUAGUAAACAAAUUCUCCAUGUUUAUAUUUCGCUGACCACCGAUCGAGAACGUAUUUUUCGAAUAGUAAGCUUUGUAUUUCUAAGGCUUGGCCUCUUGAGUCAAAAUAUAACAUCCAAAGAAUUUGCUAGAGUUGCGAAGGCGAGCAGAUCUUGUUUAUUUUGACGAAGAGCUCUUUGCAUAUGGAUGUGGCCAUUGGUCAAAUAUGACCUGCACUGAAGCGAGGGAAUUCUUGUCAGCAUAAUAACACGAUUUUUUCAAACGUAACUAUAUACUUUCUUUGCGGCGAAUGUAAUGCUGAGCAAGGAUAUGGACGUGGUCAUUUCUGAAGUUGUCAUGGAAGGAGUAUUGGCAUGAAUCGGCUGCUUUCUGUGGUUGUAAAUCCCUGGCGAAAAUGGAUGAUCGGACAGAUUCAGAUCACGAUGGUGUUCUCUCAGAUGACCAACCUCCACAUGCGACAGUAUGCAAAAAGAUGGAGAAGCUUAUAAAUCAGAUGCAAGACGAAAAAGCUGGAGUACCCAUCAGAACAGUAAAAAGCUUCAUGUCCAAGAUUCCAAGUGUUUUUACUGGGAGUGACCUAGUCGAUUGGAUCAUGGGCAAUAUUGCCAUUGAGGAAAGAGGGGCUGCAGUGCACCUGGCUUCACUCCUCGCAGCAUAUGGUUACAUCUUCUCUAUCACUGAUCACCACUUGAUGGUGAAAGAUGAUGCUUCUUACUAUAGGUUUCAGACACCAUUCUUUUGGUUAUCAAAUAACUGGGAACCUGAGAAUGUAGAUUAUGCUGUGUAUUUGUGUAAAAGAACGAUGCAAAAUAAGUCCAGACUGGAAUUAGAUGAUUAUGAAGCAGAAAACCUUGCGAAGCUACAAAGAACGUUGUCGCGGAAAUGGGAAUUUAUAUUUAUGCAAGCGGAGGCACAAGCAAAGGUUGAUAAGAAGAGGGACAAAAUGGAAAGACAAAUAUUGGAUAGCCAGGAGAGAGCAUUUUGGAAUGUUCAUAGACCGCCGCCAGGUUGUGUGUCGGUAACAGAAAUAGAUAUAAAAAAGGCUUGUAAAGCGGUGGACUCAUCACCGACCACAAAAAGAAAGGUGAACUUUCUACAAGAGGAUUCGUCGAUGUCAUUGUCGUCCUUGUCUGCGCUGGAUGGCGUCAAACAAGAGGUCAAAGAAUUAAGGGAGAAACUUCACAGAAGACGAAUGAAAACUUCACAAGCCUCUGAAAGUUUUAUCCAGAGGUGUGAACAGUAUGCAGAAUAUGAUGCAUUUAUUUGGGCGCCAGAGCCGUCAAAUCCAUGGAUAUCUGAUGAUAUCACACUCUGGGAGCAAGACAAGAGUUUACAUUACGUUCCUCCAAAGCGUGUGAAACAAUGGGCGUUCUCAUUAUCAGAACUUCUUGCUGAUCCUUUGGGCAGAAGACAUUUUGCGCGCUUUUUGGAAAAAGAAAUUAGCGCUGAAAAUCUAGGAUUUUGGCUCGCUUGUGAGCAACUCAAAGCAACGCCGAUACGGAAUGUGCCAAGUAAAGCUCAAGAAAUUUUUAACGAGUAUUUAUCUGAUAGUGCAACGUCUCCGAUUAACGUGGACUGCAAGACAAGAGAAGAAGUGGAGUUAAAUCUAAAAAAUCCCGGCCGAUAUAUGUUUGACGCCGCUCAGGAUCACAUAUUUCAGCUGAUGAAAUCCGACAGCUAUCGGCGUUUUAUCCGCUGUGAUCAGUAUAAAGAACUCCUUAAGGCUCCUGCGAAUAAACAGAAAAGCCCACUACCCACAAAACCACUACAGAAUCUUGCGCGGAUUGCUGGGAAGACAUGACGCAAGGCCUUCUGGAUAAAUUGAAUUCACCGUCCUUCUAGUCGUUAAAUUAUGCAAUUAAGCAUAUCAUGGAAUGUGUGUUGAAAUAUCCUCUGUUAGUUUUCCCAGAACCGAGAACUUGAAAAUUUAUAUGGUUUUCUUGAUCAAUUUGUUGUCAACUAAAAUUCUAACUGUGAUCAUCAUAUCCUCGGGACGGACCAUUAGAACUAAAUUUCUUAGGGGAGGAAAGGAUGGAGGAAUUUGUUUGUUUGUUUGUUUGUUUGUUUGUAUUUCCUCUUUUAUCCCUUGUAAGGUAACUUCUUAUUGACCAAACGUGAGGGCCAUACUGGCGAAUAUUGGUGCGAGGUCGUGGAAGUACGGUCUAAGCGCAGCGAUGUCCGUACAAAAUCUACCGAGGGCCAAUGUUUCAGUCGUUCAGUUGUUUAUUAUAUGGUACUUAGACCAAACUUGUUUAUUUUGAAUUAUCCGACUUUUUCAUUCAAGAUUACGUGGCUUACAACCGUUGCUUUGGAAACAAAAUACCAAUUAAGUAAAGAACCAAUCAGAACGCUCGGAUUUGCCUCAAGACUACCUUCACAUAUAAUAAUUUUAUUUAUUUCAUCCUCGUCUUCAUCCCUAAAAUUUUUCUAGUUGACUGUCCCUCAUUUAUCUGUUCAAGGUCCGCGGAAUUCUGCAGAGUUUAGCCGAACGGAGUGUUAGCGCUGCUUGCGCUGAAUUGUCACGAAUGUUGCGUUACCUCGUGACGUCCAAUGCAACAUAGUCGUCAUCAGUUAGGUGUGAAAGUUAGAUCGCCUCUAGCACAACGCGAAGGUUUUCGCAUUUGAUUUAGUUCCAAAACUCGUUGUGCCUGACAUGACAAUAAGAAGCAAUUUAAGAGUAUUUGUAUUUUUUUUAUCGAGGGGCAGGCGCAGGCUUACUUCAUGCAUUUCAGUUUCAGUGAUGUUCAAAAGUAAAUUUUAGUUCAAAUGAUGCUUCGGGAUUCUUUGUUCCCUAUCCAAAAUACGAAACAGUGACGAUUAUGGUUGACGCGAAAUUUUGCCGCCGAAACGAUUAUUUUGAUGAAAACAAUUAUGCCUGUUAGAGAAGCUAGCCUUUUUUUUAUUUUCUUUUAGUAUUUUUUAUCUCUAGUGAAUUGUAAAUACUCCUCUUGCGACCGCUUUUUGGUUGUCACGCAAUGUUCCUGGAUGUAGCAAUCUGUCAAGCAAGCGUCGAGUCACGCUACAACAAACGCCUCGGAAGUCUUGGCAAGAUACAAGAAUGGAUUAAUACAAUGAUUGUACUAGUGAUGAAAAGUAAUGGAAAUGUUUGAAGCAUUAUUGAUAAUUAUUAAUUAUUAAUGUAUUGAGAUGUCUAUGACUUCACUGUCGUAAAGUGAUUGAAAUUGGUUAUUUAACUUAACAGAAUUUAUUGUGACGAUAAUUCAGAGUGAUUUAUUACGAGAAGUAUUCUUGAAUAAAAUGAAAAUAGAACGUUUUUCAAAA